UUUGCCUCGGCAUUUCCCGGAGAGGUGAACGUUAAUCCGCUCAAUUAAGUAAACGGAGAAAUGAAGAGAGGGCUAAAGUGGAGCGACGACGAUACGACGUCGUCCGACGAUUCGGAUAAAUCUACAAAGGCGGUGGAUGCUGCGAAGAAGAAGAAGAAAGGUAUAGACUUUGAAGCGUUGAGUAGACAUGGAUAUAAAGGAGGGCUGUCUGUGUUGAAAGUGCCCCCACCAAAGGAACCUGAACAAGAGCAGAAUUGGUCUUGGUCUAAGGGGAAUGGAGCACAAAAAUCGAAAGAGGUGGAAGAGGAAUCGUUUGAGGAUCGACAGAAAACGAGGGCUGCCAUAGCUGAUGCGGAGCAGCUUCAGAACGUUCAGACUAUGAAGGAGAAGAAGAAUCUCUCCUUUCAGCAGAAGGAGAAGAGGAAACGAGACCUCGGCCAAGCGAGUAGAGGGAAGAACUAUGUUGAAGAAGAGAAGAGGUUGCUUAGAGACAGAGGCGUCUACUCUGGUUUCGAUUCUUGAUCAUCGACGUGUUCGUGUUUAGUGUUUGCAUGAAAAAGAAUUCUGUGUGUUUCUUUUUUAAUUUAUGGAUCUGGAGUUGGAAAUUGCAGAAUUUAUCCGUAUUUAUAUGUCAGUAAUUUAAAAUCUUUAAUC